AUGGCGAUCUCAAUAUCCAUCGGGAUUGGAGGCAUCGGGGUUGGUGAUCGAGCCCUAGGUGGGGAGUCUCGUAUUUCCCCAUCAGAGAUAGAACCCCUCCUCGAAUCCAUAAUGGGUUUGGCUGCCGGCCAGCGCGGUUCAUUUAUUUUCAUUUCAAGUGUCCUCAUUCUAACAGAUGUGGGGAGUAGCUGUCCUUCAAACUGUCUAUGCCAUCACUUUUCCAAGACAGUAGACUGCAGGAAUCGUGGACUUCUUGAAGUUCCUUCCCAUUUACCUGCUGAAACUCAGAUACUACUUUUGUCAAAUAAUCGCAUUCAGAAAAUCAGCCCAAGUGCUUUCACUGGCCCACUGUCUCUCAAGGUUCUGGACUUAUCCAAUAAUUCUCUCUCAGUUCUGUUGCCCAGCACUUUCAAAGGAAUGAGACAUCUACAGAUUCUAAACCUAACUAAAAACAUCAUUGAAUAUGUGGACAACAAGACAUUUUGUUCCCUUCCACAUCUAAAAGAGCUGGAUUUAUCAUCCAACAAGAUAUUAAGUCUUCCUCAAACUCUAGGAAAUAACACAAGAAACAUCACAUUAUUGUCUCUGAAACAUAACAAACUUCAGAAAGUAGACAGACUUCUGUUUGAAUCUCUCCCAAAUCUGAAAGUGGUUCUUUUUAAGGAGAACUACUGGCAAUGCAACUGUCAGGUGUUCGGCCUUAAAUUAUGGCUGGAGAAUUUUUUAUAUCGAGGGGGAAUCAGCGAUGGUGUCAUCUGCGCAACACCUGAAAAUCGGAAGGGGAAAGACCUCCUCAAAAUUCCCUACGAGCUGUUUAGGAUCUGUCCUUAUACGACUUCUGAAGCUCACCUGCACUACUCCGAGCACAGAAGUUCUCUGAAGUAUGGCCACCACAAUGACCAUACAGGGGACGGCAGUCGCUCACACUGUGAACCGAAACCGAAGCCACGGCCCGUUAGCUUGCGUCACGCCAUUGCCACGGUAGUAAUAACUGGUGUGGUCUGUGGGAUUGUAUGUCUCAUGAUGUUGGCUGCCGCCGUGUAUGGCUGCACUUAUGCUGCAAUUACAGCAAAAUACCACCGGGAAAACUCACACUCGCCCCCUGGCAAGGAGAAGGGAAGUGUUGAGGAAAAAGAGCCAUUUAAGAGUUCAUUGGCUUGA